AUGACAGGGUGGAUCCAAAAGCCUGGGCCUGAAGCCUCUGAAGGCAUGGAGAGCAUUCUGUGCGAGCUGCUCCCACAAGUGAGCUAUUCAUCCUCAUUCAUCAUGCUAGUCCAUCACCCAACCAACACCUCACAGCAGCACCCCCGCUUCGUUCUCCCAUUCACUUCCCAAACCAUCGUGCCCCUCAUCUGCAGAUUAUCACUCUCCACAAUUGCUUCUAGAAACUCUGAUUUUGUCAAAGCCAACUAUCUCUUAAAUAACCGAGCCACUAUCGGCGUGGAGUUCCGUUCUAAGACAAUGGAAAUCGACAACAAGGAGAUCAAAGCUCAAAUCUGGGAUACGUCAGGGCAGGAGCGGUACCGGGCGGUGACCAGCGUGUAUUACCGCGGAGCCCUUGGCGCGCUGCUGGUGUACGAUAUCAGCCGGCGUAGCAGCUUCGACAACAUUUCGCAAUGGCUCCGAGAAGUUCGAAGCCAAGGGGACAACAACCUGGUGGUCAUGCUGGUGGGCAACAAGACGGAUCUCGCUCAUUUGCGUGCUGUACCUACUGAGAAGGGCUUGGAGCUGGCUGAGCGGGAAGGCAUGUUCUUCAUGGAGACAUCCGCUCUUGACGCCACUAAUGUAGACGAGGCGUUUGAGACAGUCAUUGCUGAAAUCUACAAUCACGUCAGCAAACGCCUUCCUUCUCAUGAUGAGGAGAAUGGGAAGCUUAACCUAUCCGGGAAGAAGCUGAACCUUCCUGAUGAUGGCAGUUCUAGGGGUGGCAUGUGCUGCAGCAACUGGGGCUGA